GAGAGAGAGAGAGCCAGAGAAGGAGAGAAUUCUGAGAAAGGAAAGGAGACAGACCGACCAGAAAAGCCAUUGUUUUUAGAGAUUGAAGCAAUUCGGAGUACGUCUGGUUUGGCGCUUUCUUCGCCCCAAUGCCCUCCAAGCUUGACAAAUAAGGACCAAAUCUUUCUCUCUCUUCAAAAAAUAACUUACCCUCUCUCUCUCUCUCUCUCUCUCUCUCUCCCUCCCCUUUUUCACCGCUUUCUCUCUCCUCCCUAUAUUUAUCUUCUCCUUUCUUCAUCCUUUGAGUGGCUUUCUGGUGGCCCAAGAAAAACAAACCAAAACACACACAAAAAAAGGGCACAAAGUCUAUCUUCGUUUCCCGGCGAACCCACAUCGGAAAGUUCGUACUUGUGCUCCGACCCAGAUCCAAUCCGGACCCGAAUUCCAACCCCACAUUGACAAUUGAUAGAUGAACCCACAUUAGAUAUGUAUGUGGGUCAUUGAAGCUUUUCAGUUGUCAAUGGUAAUAGUUGGAGGAAGGGAACGGGUUGACAUGUAAAACCGGAUUCGGGUGCGGACGCGGGCUUGGUUUUCAGAUUCAUGGGGAUUUGUUUCAGUUCUGAAAAGGACCAGCAUUCCAAUUAUACACACGCCAGUCCUCAAGUAGGAGAUGACUCUGUUGUAUCUCAAACUCCUAGUAGAACAUCAUCAAACACCACUCCUUUGGCUUCCAAGAAUGUCAAAGACCUUCGCCAAAGCCCCGGAUAUAUCAAUGUCAGCAUCUUUACUUACGAUGAGAUGAGUUUGGCCACAAAACGUUACCGGCCAGAUCUAAUUCUUGGUGAGGGUGGGUUUGGAGUUGUAUAUAAAGGAGUUAUUGAUGACACCGUGAGGGCUGGAUACAAGACCACGCAAGUUGCCAUCAAGGAGCUUAAUCGAGAAGGGUACCAAGGUGAUAGGGAAUGGCUGGCAGAAGUUAACUAUCUGGGACAGCUGAGUAACCCUAAUCUUGUGAAGCUGAUUGGGUACUGCUGUGAGGAUGACCAUCGGCUACUGGUCUAUGAAUACAUGGCAAGUGGCAGCCUGGAAAAACAUCUUUUUCGCAGAGUGGGCUGUACGCUUACAUGGUCAAGAAGAAUGAAGAUUGCUUUAGAUGCCGCAAAAGGGCUUGCUUUUCUUCAUGGUGCAGAGAGACCAAUCAUUUACCGCGACUUCAAGACUUCAAAUAUCUUGUUGGAUGGGGAUUUUAAUGCAAAGUUGUCAGACUUUGGCCUUGCAAAGGAAGGGCCAAUGGGAGACCAAACCCAUGUUUCAACACGAGUGAUGGGCACGUAUGGAUAUGCUGCUCCCGAGUAUGUUAUGACUGGGCAUUUAACCGCUCGAAGUGAUGUUUAUGGAUUUGGAGUGGUACUACUUGAGCUGCUCCUUGGAAGGAGAGCAAUGGACAAGAGCAGACCCGGGCAAGAACACAACCUGGUUGAGUGGGCUCGCCCACUCUUAAACCAUAAUAAGAAACUUCUGAGGAUCGUAGACCCUAGACUGGAAGGGCAGUACUCACUUAAAACAGCAAUGAAGGUGGCCCAUCUGGCAUAUCAAUGCCUUAGCCAAAACCCGAAAGGGAGGCCCCUUAUGAGCCAGGUGGUUGAAUUGCUCGAGUCUCUUCAGACAGCAGGAAACCAUGAACUUCAAAGUGGAGAAGGUGGUGUGACUCUUUAUGAGGCUCCCAAGGGAACCUUUGGAACUACCCCCAUGAAGAGAGACCCGAACAGAAGAGACGGUGAAAGGGGAGGAGAGGCACAUAGGAGGAGCAAACCGGGAAACGGAGGGAGCAAGAGUGAGCCUAUGAAUGAUUUUGAUCGUAGUAACUUGUCUCCAAAUUUUUGUGUCACUUGAAAAGUAGCUCCUACGUACGUUAAACUUGUAACUAGAUAAUGGAUGGAGGGUUGAAACUGUACAAGAUGAUAUCAGCUGGUCUAUCCAUGUGGUGUUUUUGAGUUAAAUCCAUUUGCCGGGGCCGGGCGAAAAUUGUUAAUUGUGAUUAACAAUUUAACACUUUGUAAUUCAUUUUCUUACAUUUUACUUUAAUCACUAUCAUAUCAUGUACGAUAUGAUUUUAUAUUUUCGUUAUAUUACUGUAAUUUAACACAAGGUAUCGUAUCAUUUGACAUUAUUGCCCUCACCAAAUAUGCCUUAAAUCGG